AUGGAUUCACGACCGCAGAACAUCGGCAUCAAGGCCAUUGAGCUGUACUUCCCCAGUCAAUGUGUCGACCAGGCAGAACUCGAGAAAUUCGAUGGCGUGAGCCAGGGCAAAUACACCAUUGGCCUCGGCCAGACCAAGAUGAGCUUCUGCGACGACCGUGAAGACAUCUACUCAAUCACCCUCACAACCCUCUCCUCGCUGUUGAGCAAGUACAAUGUCGACCCCAAGUCGAUCGGCCGGUUGGAGGUUGGCACUGAGACUAUGCUCGACAAGUCCAAGUCUGUAAAGACUGUCCUGAUGCAGCUCUUCGAGAAGUCUGGCAACAUGAACGUGGAGGGCGUGGACACCGUGAAUGCCUGCUACGGCGGCACAAACGCCCUCUUCAACACAGUCAACUGGAUGGAGUCCUCAGUGUGGGACGGGAGAGACGCAGUUGUGGUUGCUGGGGACAUUGCUCUGUACAAGAAGGGUGCCGCACGACCGACUGGCGGCGCUGGCUGUGUCGCAAUGCUCGUUGGCCCUGAUGCUCCCGUUGUGGUUGAGCCAGGUCUCCGAGGAAGCUACAUCAAGCACGCAUACGACUUCUACAAGGCCGACCUGACCAGCGAGUACCCACUCGUAGACGGCCACUACUCCGUCAAGUGCUACACCGAGGCCGUAGACGAAUGCUACAGAGCCUACAACGCGCGCGAGAAGAACGUCAAGAGCAAGAUGAACGGCCACGCCAACGGCGUCCACCCGGAACCCGAAACACCCCUCGACCGCUUCGACCACAUGUGCUUCCACGCACCCACCUGCAAGCUCGUCUCCAAGAGCUACGCCCGCCUCCUCUACAACGACUACCUCGAGAACCCCGCCAACCCCCUCUUCGCCGACGUCCCGCCCGAAGUCAAGGACAUCUCCUACGACGCCUCCAUCUCCGACAAAACCAUCGAGAAGACCUUCAUGGGCCUGGCGAAGAAGCGCUUCGCUUCCCGCGUGCAGCCUUCCAUCCAAGUCCCCACGCAGUGCGGAAACAUGUACUGCGCCUCCGUCUACGGCUCGCUGAUCUCCCUGCUCUCCAACGUCUCCAGCGACGGGAUGCAGGGCAAGCGCAUCGCCAUCUUCUCCUACGGCUCCGGGCUGGCGUCGUCGAUGUUCUCGCUCCGCGUGCGCGGCAGCACGGAGGAGAUGCGAUCGAAGGUGGAUCUGCAGAAGCGGUUGGACGAGAGGCGGACAGUGCCGCCGGAGGUGUACGAUGAGAUGUGCAAUUUGCGGGAGCGGGCGCAUUUGAAGAAGGAGUACAAGCCGCAGGGUGAUGUGGAGACGUUGGUGAAGGGGACGUAUUAUCUGACGGGAGUGGAUGAUAUGUUUAGGAGGGCUUAUGAGGUGAAGCAGUAG